CUGGCUUUGACAGAUUGUCUGCCGAAGUUCAACACCCAUCGAGAUGGCCGUGAAGGAGAAGAUUUCUAUGUUUUGUCACGUGAACCCUGAACAGGUCAUAUGUAUCCAUGAUGUUUCUUCUACAUACCGAGUUCCUGUGCUUUUGGAGGAACAAGGCAUUGUGAAACAUUUUAAGGAGAGAUUGCACCUGCCUAUUCGUGAUUCUUCAAGUAAUUUGCUUUUCAAGUGGAGAAAUAUGGCUGAGAGGUAUGAAAGGCUACAGAAAACAUGCUCCAUAGCCCUGGUUGGCAAAUAUACCAAGCUGAGAGAUUGCUACGCCUCUGUGUUCAAAGCCCUGGAACACUCAGCCCUGGCCAUCAACCACAAGCUGAAUCUGAUGUACAUAGACUCCAUUGAUCUGGAGGCGAUCACAGAAGCCGAGGACCCUGUGAGAUACCAUGAAGCGUGGCAGAAGCUAUGCAAAGCUGAUGGUAUUCUUGUGCCUGGAGGCUUCGGAGUCAGAGGAACAGUGGGAAAACUGCAGGCAAUUUCUUGGGCAAGGACAAAGAAGAUUCCUUUUCUGGGAGUUUGUCUUGGGAUGCAACUAGCAGUGAUUGAGUUUGCAAGAAACUGCCUUAACUUGAAAGAUGCUGAUUCCACCGAAUUUAGGCCAGAUACCCCAAUUCCUCUGGUGAUUGAUAUGCCCGAACACAACCCUGGCGAUUUGGGAGGAACAAUGAGACUGGGACUAAGAAGAACUGUUUUCAAAACUGAAAAUUCAGUACUAAGGAAACUUUAUGGUGGUGUUCCUUUUAUAGAAGAGAGACACAGACAUCGGUACGAGGUAAACCCUAACAUGAUCAACGAAUUUGAGGAGAAUGACUUAAAAUUUGUAGGUCAGGAUGUUGAUGGAGAGAGGAUGGAAAUCAUUGAACUGGCAAAUCAUCCCUAUUUUGUUGGUGUCCAGUUCCAUCCUGAGUUUACUUCUAGGCCGAUGAAGCCUUCCCCUCCGUACCUGGGGCUCUUACUUGCGGCAACUGGGAACCUGAAUGCCUACUUGCAGCAGGGUUGCAGACUGUCUCCCAGAUUCAGUAUUCUGCCUCCUUCCGGACGACCAAGGAGACUCGUGGUCUUGUUUUCUGACUUCCCCAUCAGCAUAGUCCGCAAAGGCCGCCGCCGGUCUCCACUCCCACCUCAAAAGAAGAAACCAAGACCACCUCCUGCUCGGGGACCGAAGGAGACAUCGGCCUCUACAGGCUUGGUGACGAGGGGAGAAAAAGAACAGCAAGAAAUAAUUGAAAACAUUGAUGAAGUACAAAAUGAAAUAGACAGACUUAAUGAACAAGCCAGUGAGGAGAUUUUGAAAGUAGAACAGAAAUAUAACAGACUCCGCCAACCAUUUUUUCAGAAGAGGUCAGAAUUGAUUGCCAAAAUCCCAAAUUUUUGGGUCACAACGUUUGUCAACCAUCCACAAAUAUCUACACUGCUUGGGGAGGAGGAUGAAGAGGCACUACAUUAUUUGAUCGGUGUUGAAGUUACAGAAUUUGAAGAUAUUAUUAAAUCGGGUUACAAAAUAGAUUUUCAUUUUGAUGAAAAUCCUUACUUUGAAAAUAAAGUUAUCUCCAGAGAAUUUCAUCUGAAUGAGAGUGGUGAUCCAUCUUCAACAUCCACCGAAAUCAAAUGGAAAUUUGGAAAGGAUUUGACAAAACGUUCAAGUCAAAAGCAGAAUAAAGCCAGCAGGAAGAGGAAGCAUGAGGAACCAGAGAGCUUCUUUACCUGGUUUAAGGACAAUUCUGAUGCAGGUGCUGAUGACUUAGGAGAGGUCAUCAAAGAUGAUAUUUGGCAAAACCCAUUACAAUACUACUUGGUUCCCGAUAUGGAUGAUGAAGAAGAAGGAGAAGGAGAAGAAGAUAAUGAUGAUGAUGAAGAGGAGGAAGGAUUAGAAGAUGUUGAUGAAGAAGGGGAUGAGGAUGAAGGUGAAGAAGACGAAGAUGAUGAUGAAGGGGAGGAAGGAGAGGAGGAUGAAGGAGAAGAUGACUAAUAGAACACUGACGGAUUCCAACCUUCCUUUUUAAAAAUUUUCUCCAGUCCCUGGGAGCAAGUUGCAGUCUUUUGUUUUUUUUCCUCUUGUGCUCAGUCGCCCUGUUCUUGAGGUCUCCUUUCUCUAUACCAUUGUUCUCAGCUUAUUUUGGGGGAAAUACCUUGAGCAGAAUACAAUGGGAAAAAGAGUCUGUACUCUUUCUGUUCGAAAUUCAUUUUAGUCACUUCCUGUCUGAACAAAAACUGUAUGGAAUCAACACCACUGAGCUCUGUGGGAAAAAAGAAAAACCUACUCCCUUCGCUCUGCUGGAAGUUGGAGGGUGUAGGCCCCUGUGUAGUAGUGCAUAGAAUUCUAGCUUUUUUCCUCCUUUCUCUGCAUAUUUGACUCAGAGAGUACACUGUGUCUCUGUGAAUAUGGACCAUUAGCAUUUACCAACAUGUAUCUGUCUACUUUCUCUUGUUUAAAAAAA